CCUCUAGAUCCCAGGACACCAUGCUGCAAGCAUCAGGAAUGGGAAUGUGCUCAGUUGGCAUGAGAUGGGAACAAGACAAUCCUUGAGGCUGAUAUCAAUACCGGUGAGAGAAACAAUGAUGAACAUCCUGCUCUGUAUUCUCAUCAUCAUGUCUACAGGAGCUGAUGCUGACAUGAUAACAACUUCCAUAAGUCCCGAUUUUUCAGGGGAAACAGAGGCAGUAACUCAAAUGGAGCGGAGAGUCAGCACAGUGAACAGAGAAGGACGUGAUGUCCCACAACAUGUUACCAUUGUUCAUAAUGAGCCACAGGGAGUGGUGAAGGAGGGAGACCAGGUUACCUUGACCUGUAACUCCAGCAGUAAUCCAGAAGCUGUCUACACCUGGUAUAAGGACAGUGUGAAUACAGCAGUUCUCAAUGAGAGGAACAAAAUACUGACUAUUGUAUCUGUCACAUCAUCGCAUUCUGGGAAUUAUUAUUGCAAAGUGGAAAAUAUGACCUCCAACAGUUUCAGGAUCGAUGUGCUCUAUGGCCCUCGGAACUUGAAGGUGUCGAUCUCUCCUUCAGACAGUACGAUAUACGAAGGUGACAACAUCACCCUGAGCUGUACCAGCGACAGUAACCCCCCACCCAGCUGGUACAAGUGGAAACGGGGAGAGGAGACUGUGGCUCCGGAAUCAUCCGAGAGAGACCUGACCUUGGACGGAAUCACUCACAAACAGGAGGGUGUGUACUCCUGCCAGGCGGGGAACACAGUCGGUGCCAACUGGUCAAAGGGUCGCAGGAUAGAGGUUGCGCGUCGCAUCAGGCUGACCAUGGGAUUGAGCAAUUGCUCAGGGACAGUGGAGGUUAAUUACGGCGAUACCUGGGGAUCAGUUUGUGAUGACCACUGGGGUAAGGCAGAGGCGGACGUAGUCUGCAAACAGCUGGAGUGUGGGCAUGCAGCCGUCGUUGUCAACUCCUCUGCGUUUGGCCUCAGGAAAGGCCCCGUCAAACUGGACGAUGUGAACUGCACCGGUACAGAAAGCUUCUUGUGGGACUGUGUUCACCAAGGCUGGGAUCAGCACGACUGCACUUACAAGGAGAACGCAGGGGUCAUCUGUUCAGAGGAAGAUGUGACUGCUCUGCAGAGCAAGCUGAACAAAUGUACAGGUCACUACUACUGGAAGGAAGGAGAUGAUUACUGUCAAGACCCUGAGGGGAUACGCUUGACAGAUGGUCCUCAUCGCUGUAGCGGGCGCCUGGAGAUUCUUUUCAAUGGGACGUGGGGCACAGUUUGCGACGAUGAAUGGAGUAAGGCCAGUGCCGAGGUGGUGUGCGUGCACCUGAAGUGCGGCCUGCUCACCAACUACUCGGGGGAGGAGGGUACCCACCCCAAGGGCAGCGAGGAAAGCCCCAUCUGGCUGGACGAGGUGCGGUGCCGCGGUGAGGAACCAGUGAUCUGGGCCUGCCGUUCUGCCUACUGGGGCGAACAUGACUGCCAUCACAAGGAAGAUGUCUGGGUGAACUGCGAAUGUACGCACGCCUUGAACAUGAAGAUAAAUGGUUACUGA